GAAAACCGAGCAAAGAUGGCUGAGAGCUGAGAGAGGCGAGGAGAAGACCGUUUCAGCGCACGGACGCCUCUUCUCUUUCCGAUAUCGACGGGAGUCCCUCGACGCUCGCCGUCAAAGCGAAGUGUGGCGAAAUUCCCACACAUGUGUUGCCACGUCGGUGGUGCUGCUGCCAGGCGGACGCUUCACAUCUUCCUCGCCGCUUCGGGGGCAGCGUUUGACGGCCACUGGGAAAGUAGCGAAGAGGGCGGGAACUGAGCUCGAAAAGCUCCAUCGAGAGAUGUCCUUGCUGUGUGUUGGAGUGAAAAAAGCCAAGCUUGAUGGACCCCAAGAAAAAUUCAACACUUACGUGACCCUGAAGGUGCAGAAUGUCAAGAGCACCACCAUCGCCGUGCGCGGCAGUCAGCCGUGCUGGGAGCAGGAUUUUAUGUUUGAGAUAAACCGACUGGACCUGGGCCUAACAGUGGAGGUGUGGAAUAAAGGCCUGAUCUGGGACACCAUGGUGGGCACCUUAUGGAUCCCCCUGAGUAGCAUCCGACAGUCCAAUGAGGAGGGUCCGGGUCAAUGGUUGACUCUGGACUCCAACGUGAUCAUGGCUGAGAAUGAGAUCUGCGGCACCAAAGACCCAACCUUCCACAGGCUGCUGUUGGACACGCGCUUCGAAUUGCCACUAGACAUUCCAGAAGAAGAGGCACGAUAUUGGGCCAAGAAGCUUGAGCAACUGAAUGCCAUGAGAGACCAAGAUUAUGCCCAUCAAGAGGAGCAAGAGAGGCCUCUCCAGGCGCCUUCCACACAGUGCUGCAAUUGGAGUCUUUGGGGCGAUCAGCAAAAUGACGACCCAGACAGCGCCGUGGACGACAGGGACAGCGACUACCGCAGCGAGACCAGUAACAGCAUGCCGCCCCCCUUUUACACGACAUCCCAGCCCAACGCCUCCAUGCACCAGUAUCCCAUCAGGCAACAGCACUACAGACACCCGUACGACGACAUCCACGAUAUGGACUAUGACCCCCGAGAUAUAAGACCCUAUGAUAGUUUAGACUUGGCCACCAACGGGCGCAGCGAUAUCGACUCGGGCUCAGGGUCGAGCCGGCGCACCAGUCGUCAGUAUUCUCUAGACAGUAGGCAUUCGCUGUCCGAUAGUCCCACAGACAGCCGCUACGCUUCCUCGGGCGAGCUGAGCCGAGGCAGCUCCCAACUCAGCGAGGAGUUCGUCCCCGAGGACGGUGAGAGCCUGCGAGGCUCUGAGUUCUACGACGAAAACGACUCUUACCACUCCUGCCACUCGUCCAUUAGUUACGGCAAGGAUGACUUCCCGGGCUGGGACGGGGAGGACCAGCAGGGCGUCUACAGUGACGAAGGGAGCUAUGUCAAAGAUGGCGGCGAAGACAGGGCGCUCUAUGGCGACGAGGAAGAUGAGAUGUACGAGGAAGAAGGAGUGUACAACUAUGAAGACGAGGAGGAGAUUCCAUAUGAGGAAGAUGAAGAUACGUACCCAAUGGAUGGCGCUCUCAGUGAAGAGCAAGAGACACCUUACGCCCCCGGGAGCUCCGCUGCCACCCUCGCUCCCCCAUCUGAUAGCUUGUCCUCCAGCAGGCCUCCUCUGGAAAAGCAGACGUCUUUACAUCAGCAGCAGCCUCUUGAUCAGCUGCAACCCGCAAGCACUGCGCCGGUCCUCCCUCCCCUCAAACAGGACGACACCUUGCCCUCUUUCGCAUCGGACCCUGCCGACGUUCCCUUUGCACCCACCCAGCAAGACCAACUGGCCAACACGACCCCCGACAUCAACGCCUCAUCCACCACUGCCGCUGUUGCACAGAUUCCAGCACCUGAUGACAAGUUCCAAGAGCCAGAGCCGAAGUCCGAAGUGCCCCCAGAGGAGGUCCCACCGACAGAAGAACUUGCGCCCGAGGAGAGCGUCCCCCCAUGCCCUGAGGAGAAAACGGAGGAGCCCCCUCUCCCCAGCUUCCCAAAGAGGGAACUCAUGGAACCCGGUCCAGCCAGAGCCAAAGCCAACUGGCUCCGAUUGUUCAGCAGAGUACGACUGCAGUUACAAGAGGCACGAGGUGAGAGCGUCGGCAUCGCCUCUCUGCUGUUAUCGGCGGGGAUGGGUGGUGCGCUUUACAGCAUCGACAGCAUGCCAGACCUCAGGAAGAGGAAAGCGAUGCCUCUGGUCAGAGAUCUGGCUAUGUCAUUGGUCCAGAACUCCAGGAAAGCCGGCAUCACUUCAGCCCUGACGUCCAGCACCUUGCAUAAUGAAGAACUGAAGAGUCACGUCUACAAGAAGACCCUCCAGGCGCUCAUCUAUCCCAUCUCCUGCACCACCCCGCACAACUUCGAGGUGUGGACCGCCACCACGCCCACCUACUGCUACGAGUGCGAGGGGCUGCUGUGGGGCAUCGCUCGGCAAGGCAUGCGCUGCACGGAAUGCGGCGUCAAAUGUCACGAGAAGUGCCAGGAUCUGCUCAACGCCGAUUGUCUGCAAAGAGCGGCGGAGAAGAGCUCCAAACACGGCGCCGAAGACCGCACUCAGAACAUCAUCAUGGUCCUCAAAGACCGCAUGAAGAUCCGCGAGAGGAAUAAACCGGAGAUAUUUGAACUCAUUCAGGAGGUCUUCUCCGUCCCCAAGGCCACGCACGGCACCCAGAUGAAGCAGAUCAAACAGAGCGUGCUCGACGGCACCUCCAAGUGGUCGGCCAAGAUCAGCAUCACGGUUUUAUGUGCACAAGGUUUACAAGCCAAGGAUAAGACCGGCUCCAGCGACCCUUACGUCACUGUCCAGGUGGGAAAGACUAAAAAGAGGACCAAAACCAUCUACGGCAACCUCAACCCUGUCUGGGAGGAGACCUUCAAUUUCGAAUGCCACAACUCCUCGGAUCGCAUCAAGGUGCGAGUCUGGGACGAGGAUGACGACAUCAAGUCGCGCGUGAAGCAGAAGUUCAAGCGGGAGUCCGACGACUUCCUCGGGCAAACGAUCAUCGAGGUCCGCACUCUGAGCGGCGAGAUGGACGUGUGGUACAAUCUGGACAAGCGCACGGACAAAUCGGCCGUAUCGGGGGCGAUCCGCAUGCACAUCAAUGUGGAGAUUAAGGGCGAAGAGACGGUUGCUCCAUAUCACGUUCAAUACACCUGUUUGCACGAAAACCUCUUCCACUUUGUGACAGACAUCCAGAACACAGGCGUGGUGAAGAUCCCCGAUGCCAAAGGAGACGACGCGUGGAAAGUGUACUACGAAGAGACGCCUCAGGAGAUAGUGGACGAGUUUGCGAUGCGUUACGGAGUGGAGUCCAUCUACCAGGCCAUGACUCACUUUGCCUGCCUGUCAUCCAAGUACAUGUGCCCGGGCGUGCCUGCGGUGAUGAGCACCCUGCUUGCCAACAUCAACGCCUACUACGCUCACACCACACAGGCGACUAACAAUGUUUCGGCCUCAGACCGCUUUGCCGCGUCCAACUUUGGGAAAGAACGAUUUGUCAAGCUCCUCGAUCAGCUCCACAACUCCCUGAGGAUCGACCUGUCCAUGUACCGAAACAACUUCCCGGCCAGCAGUCCGGAGAGGCUGCAGGACCUCAAGUCCACGGUGGACCUCCUCACCAGUAUCACCUUCUUCAGGAUGAAGGUCCAGGAGCUGCAAUCUCCGCCCAGAGCGAGCCAGGUGGUGAAAGACUGCGUGAAAGCCUGUCUCAAUUCCACUUACGAGUACAUCUUUAACAACUGCCACGAGCUCUACAGCCGCGAGUACCAGACAGACCCGGCCAAGCAGGGGGCAGUGCCUCCAGAGGAGCAGGGACCGAGCAUCAAGAACCUGGACUUCUGGUCCAAACUCAUCACCCUUAUUGUUUCCAUCAUCGAGGAAGACAAAAACUCCUAUACACCCUGCCUCAACCAAUUCCCCCAGGAGCUCAACGUGGGUAAAAUCAGCGCUGAAGUGAUGUGGAACCUGUUUGCUCAGGACAUGAAAUAUGCAAUGGAGGAGCACGAGAAAAACCGCUUGUGCAAGAGUGCUGAUUACAUGAACCUGCACUUCAAGGUCAAGUGGCUUUACAACGAGUACUGCAAAGACUUGCCUUUCUUCAAGAGCAGAGUGCCCGAGUAUCCUGCGUGGUUUGAGCCUUUUGUGAUCCAGUGGCUUGAUGAAAAUGAGGAGGUGUCUCGGGACUUCCUGCAUGGCGCUUUGGAGAGAGACAAGAAAGAUGGGUUCCAGGUCACAUCAGAGCAUGCCCUGUUCUCCUGUUCUGUAGUUGAUGUGUUCUCCCAGCUCAACCAGAGCUUUGAGAUUAUCAGAAAAUUAGAGUGUCCGGAUCCACAGAUCGUCGGACACUACAUGAAACGAUUUGCAAAGACCAUCAGCAACGUACUUCUUUCAUAUGCUGACAUCAUCUCCAAGUUGUUUGCCAACUACGUCACAAUGGAGAAAGUGCCCUGCAUCCUUAUCAACAACAUCCAACAGUUGAGAGUGCAGCUGGAGAAAAUGUUUGAGGCUAUGGGUGGAAAAGAUUUGUGCGUCGAGGCCAGCGACAUCUUGAAGGACUUGCAGGUUAAACUAAACAAUGUAAUGGACGACCUCAGCAGAGUCUUUUCCGUCAGUUUCCAGCCUCACAUCGAAGAGAAUGUGAAGCAGAUGGGGGACAUUUUGGCGCAGGUAAAAGGAACGUCAAAUGUCGGAAAUGCCAGCAGCGUGGCCCAGGAUGCUGACAACGUCCUGCAACCCAUCAUGGAGUUCCUGGACAGCAACCUGACUCUCUUCGCCAAGAUCUGCGAGAAGACGGUUCUGAAGCGGGUGCUUAAGGAGCUGUGGAAGCUUGUGAUGAACACCAUGGAGAAGACGAUAGUUCUGCCGCCGCUCACCGAUCAAACGGGGAGGCUGAAGAGCGCUUCUCACAGCGACGGCACUCAGCUCAUCUUUAACGCCGCCAAGGAACUGGGUCAGCUGUCCAAGCUCAAGGAGCACAUGGUUCGCGAGGAGGCCAAAGCUCUCACCCCCAAGCAGUGUGCGGUCAUCGAACUGGCCCUGGACACCAUCAAGCAAUAUUUCCACGCUGGUGGCGUUGGUCUGAAGAAGACGUUCCUGGAGAAGAGUCCCGACCUGCUGUCCCUGCAUUACGCCCUGUCCCUCUACACGCAGGCCACAGACAAACUUGUUAAGACCUUUGUCCAGUCACAGAAUGCACAAGGGUCCGGGGUGGAAGACGCAGUGGGGGAAGUGUCCAUCCACGUGGAGAUCUUCACCCACCCCAACACCGGAGAGCACAAGGUCACCGUGAAAGUGGUGGCUGCCAACGACCUGCGGUGGCAGACGCAGGGAAUAUUCCGUCCGUUCGUGGAGGUGUUCAUCAUCGGCCCCCACCUCAGCGACAAGAAGCGGAAGUACGCCACCAAGUCCAAGAACAACAGCUGGGCGCCCAAAUAUAACGAAACUUUCACUUUCACGCUGAGCAGCGAGGUGGGCCCCGACUGCUACGAGCUGCAAGUGUGCGUCAAGGACUACUGCUUUGCCCGCGAGGACCGCACGGUGGGCAUGGCGGUCCUGCAGUUGAAGGACGUGGCCUCCAAGGGCAGCGUGGCCUGCUGGCUGCCCCUGGGCAAGCGGAUCCACAUGGACGAAACGGGCCUGACCGUGCUGCGCAUCCUGUCGCAGCGCAACAACGACGACGUGGCCAAGGAGUUCGUCAAGCUCAAGUCGGACCAGCGCUCGGCCGAGGAGGGCCGCGGCUAGGUGGUCUUUCUUCACCCCUCCCCGCAACCCUUCCGCCUCUAGUGGUGUACAUACAUUCAAUCCAACGGGGGUGCGUUUGUCGUUCUGGAUCACGUCUGCCAUCUUUGUGAUCGAGUUGAAUCGUGGAGUUCGCCGGAUGUUGUCAGAAAAGUUUCAGGACUGGCGUCACAAAAAUGGAUAUCGUGGUGCCUGUAGGGUGUUCGAACUCAACUUUAUUUACAACAAACAAGUUUGACAGAUAGUGACAAAUUAUUUUGUCCCCCCCCCCCCAAAAAAAAAAAAGCGAAUUAAUUGCCGUCUUGGUUGACGAAACGACCUACACAAAAAAUACUGCAUAACUUUGCCUUAAAGUCCGCUAUCCUCAUGCUAACGCAUAAUGGGAAAUGCCAUAGGCGGGCUAACUGCAAGCAUCUAUUCUUCAAUUUUAAGAAAAUAUAGCGUAGUCAUACAGUCUUUAUCCACUGAGAGAAAUAUUCUUUCAGAUUGCUUUUUACUAGGGACCAACUGAUUAAUCCGCCGCUGGGUUUAAUUGGCCGAUAUUACCCCUUUUUAAAUAGCCAAAAGAUUUUUGCAGAUUUCAUCAUUGGACAAAAUUAAUGACAUUUUUUUUUAAAGGUCCGAAGAAAAUUUGUCAUUUUUUUUUCUUUUAAACAAAUACUAAACAAAGCACUUUUGCCUGUAAUUCAUACCUUCAUUGUUGUGUACAUUAAGGAACAAAACAAUUAUUUUAUUCAUUGUUUGUUAAUUAUUUUUAUAAAAUCAGAUGCAUAAUCAAUUAUUGAAUUUUACUGACAAAUCAGGGUAAGUUAUUGUUUUUAUAAAAUAAAAAUUUUAAUCCUUUCUUUCCUUAAUACCAUAUUUUUGUUGGAACAAAUUAAUGCCAUUUCCAUUCAGUUCAAUAGGGGAGGAUGCAUUGAGUUACACGCGCGGUCACGGAAUGAUCUAAACUGGCACCGCUGUAUUUUAAAUUCAAGUUUUCCUCCCUUUGGACUCCCGCAAACCUUCCCAGUUGUCGUACACUCCCAAAAUGGUUCUUCCAGGGUGCUCUGCGGCGCCGUCGUCAUGGCCGCCAUAAUUUCGGCCGCGCAUUCAAAACGUCAUCACUUGAUGACCCCCCCAGAGUUUUGAAAGAGGGCAAAAAAAGAGAUAAAGAUCCCCAAAAUCCAGGUCGCAUCGGUAGGGAGGAAGGAACUGUCAGAUGCUCAGGGCAUUGUGAGCAGCCACAAGUCUCGCCACUUCUCGCACACUCAGGAUCUCUUUGUAAGGCGUAGCGGUCGUUUUGGGUUAGAAAUCCCAGUCCUGGAACUUUUCUCACGCACGUCACACGUAUCGCACGUGGCGGUACGCGAAUCGGCUGCACAGGGUUUUAUUUUACUUUCGGAAGAUAAUCACAAACGUGUCGGCGAAAAGAUUGCAAACAUUCCAAAAGUGACGGGGGGGGGGGGGGGGGUGAUGAAAAGUACACAUUUAGAAGUGCAACUGUCGAUUAUUGUUUACUGUUUGGAUUUUUGAUUAUAUUUCUAUGGAAAUAGCUAAGAGUCUAAUCAUAAUCAUCCGUGAAGUUGCGUUAUAUUUCGGGAUGACGCUCGAUGGCGGAACAGAGCACACUGCCUGACACCUUCGAUGCCUUCUGUCUCGUUCGGCCGCCAUCUUUGUGAUAAUAACUGCACAUAAGUGUGCGUGCGUGCGUGAGUGAAACCGACACAAGCUAACAACUUUUUCCUGUCAUGUUUUACUUCCUCUUAGUUACUAGUGCAAACAUUCCAGAUGAAGGUGCCAAGCCCCCCUCCCACCCCCCAGCGCAUAAACACGUCUAUGUCACCAAGCACAAGUCAUUCGGCGAUUUGUCGUCCACGGAGUGGGACCUCCGUCCGCUAAAAGGGCUGCAGAACCCGACCGCGGUCGGUCCGCAACUGACGUGGAAGAAACAGAUGACCUUAAGGGGGGGGGUUGCCCCACCGAGGGCCGUACCAAAAUUAGGAGGGAGCGUGAUGCAAUGACCAAGCUAACCUCUGCGGUUGUAUUUGUUUGUGAAACGCGGCUGUUCUCAUCAGGAGAGCGCCACAAACGUGAAACAAUAGUGGAAAAAGAGCACAGGGUCUUCGUUUAUGCUAUAUAUAUUUUUUUAAUGCUCAGUUUGAAAGAGAAGAAAAAUAUUGGGCUCGUAUCAAAGUCGUCGCAAUACGCAGCGAAGAGUUGUGUGACAGGAUCUUACUG